AUCAUCCUCUUUCCUGCUACUCCAACUUUCCUGCACAUCUUGAUGUUAUAGGCAGCACACAGCAGACCUGAUAGUAAAGAGAGGAGAGAGGGUCUUUUGUCAACGCCCCCCUCCCGUUUCUUUUCGUUUUUUUGAAGCAGUCUUGGUGCAGGACUGCAUGCUCGGCGCACCUGCAGCCUAGUCCGGACCCGGACUAAGCUGCUCUGCUUUUGGAAGCUUUAAAUUGCUGCAUAAAGAAGAAUCCCGAGGAGGAUGUAAUUGCAUUUAAGAAUGGACGUUUUGAGGUGGACGCGUGAGCAGAACGAGUGAGAAUCUUCAAGACUGACCUUGUGCAUGCAGGCUUGUUCCACACGAUGAUCCGAACAGCGCUAGGCAAAUGGAUGAUCUUGACCCGCUGCUCCGGAGGUGUGGCUUGACACGAGACCGAGUAUACGGCAGAAAAAGCGAGGACACGCCUGUAGGGCGACUCGCUAUCAGCCAGCGCAUUGAUCCCGAGAUCAGCCCGAGACCUCAACAAGGUCAAAAUCCAAUGUCCAUCAACAUGACUCAUCCAAGAUCGAAACAAGAGAGACUGGAGCUAUCGCUUCCUUCCAGAAGCGGAUGUGACUAAGAGACACCUGCAGUGCCUUGGUCCUCCCUUCCCUUCCUUUCCUGAAGCUCAAUGUUGCUUUGUUUUAAGAGUCAUUUGUAGAAGAAUCCCUUCCCAACUCUUUAAAUCAGUCUCCCUUGAUGCAGAGUGAGCCCUGCCCUCUACAACCUCAGACAGGUUAAAGCUCCCUCUUCCAAGAUGGACAGUCCAGCAAGGGCUCCUCUUGGUGGAUUCGGCACCACCACUGCCACCUCCUCUCUGGAUGUCACCGGAUGGACAUCCUGGCCGGGGAACAGCUCUAUGGAGCUCAACCAGAGCCUCGUCAUUGCGGCCGGACUCGGGGGCGUGGGCGCGGCUGCAGCCAUGAGCGCGGGCGUGGACAACUUGACUCGAGAGGACGUCACCAGCUUGGCCAUGAAGGAGAAGAACUGGCCGGCGCUGCUCAUCCUAGUCAUCAUUGCACUGACCGUCGGUGGCAACAUCCUGGUCAUCCUGGCUGUGUCACUAGAGAAGAAGCUCCAAAACGCCACCAAUUUCUUUCUGAGGUCCUUGGCAGUGGCCGACAUGCUGGUGGGCAUCCUGGUCAUGCCCAUCUCCCUUAUCAACAUCCUAUAUGACUACGCCUGGCCUCUACCCAGCGCUUUGUGCCCCAUCUGGAUCUACUUGGAUGUGCUCUUCUCCACCGCCUCUAUCAUGCACUUGUGCGCCAUCUCCCUGGACCGCUACGUGGCCAUCCGCAACCCGAUUGAGCACAGCCGCUUCAACUCCAGGACCAAAGCCAUGAUGAAGAUUGCAGCCGUCUGGACCAUAUCCAUAGGUGUUUCCAUGCCCAUCCCGGUGAUCGGCCUUCACAACGAGGACAAGGUUUUCGUCGAUGGCAGCUGUGUGCUCAAUGAGGAGCGCUUCAUUCUGAUUGGCUCCUUCGUGGCCUUCUUCAUCCCGCUGGUCAUCAUGGUGGUGACGUACGGCCUCACCAUCCAAGUGCUGCAGAGGCAGGCUACUGUCUUCCUUUGCGAGGCCAAGACGUCCUCCCAGCAGCCUUUGCAGCCGCCCGCCAUCAGCGUCACCUUGCAGGCUCCCACCUUCCACAUCCCGCAGAUCCACACGCACGCCCCGCCGGAACCACAAGAGCUGAAACCGCCGGCCACGCAGACCCGCCGCAACACCCUGAGCUGCCUAAGGGGGGCGGAGCCUGGCAUGCUACUCAGCGUCUCCACGUCGGAGAGCAUCAGCAUCGUUCCCAGCUCGGAGGCCGCGUCGCAGCUGAGCUCUCCGGCCGCCGGCCCCGGGAGGAGCGAUGCCUCUGGUUGCCAUGGGCGGCGGGGGAUGAUGCAGGCUAUCAAGAACGAGAGGCGGGCCUCCAAGGUGCUCGGGAUCGUCUUCUUCCUCUUCCUCAUCAUGUGGUGCCCCUUCUUCAUCACCAACGUCACCUUUGUGCUGUGCGGCGGCUCCUGCAACGAGUCCCUGCUGCACGACCUGCUCAACGUCUUCGUGUGGGUGGGCUACAUCUCCUCGGGGGUCAACCCGCUGGUCUACACGCUCUUCAACAAGACCUACAGGAGAGCCUUCUCCAGCUACAUCCGCUGCCGCUAUAACGUGGGCGCCAAUGCGGCGGCGCAGGGCGGGAAGAACCCGCUGGGCGGUGCAACCACGUCGUCGUGUCCCUCGCACGCCGUCACGCCCCUGCUGGCGGACAGCCACAGGAAGGAGGGCGUGGACCGCAACAGUAACUGUCGCAACGGCGGGCGGCUGGCGGUCGAUUUGGAGGACAUCACUGACGACGGCACCCAAAUGGGGGGCACGUCGCAGAGCCUCUCGGAGUACCACAACGCGGGCGCCCUGUCGGAGACAGAGCCAGAGACCGAGGUGGAGCAGGAGCUGUCAUUCAUCAGCUAUAGCCCCGCCUCCCGGAUGCACACAAGCAGCGUGUGACCUCGGCCAUGUUUCGUUGUGAAGGGAAUGGCUACACACGACAGACCGCAUGUCCCAGAGGGGUCAAAGGGCGCCAUUCAUAUGAAUCAAAUGUACUUUUUUUUUUUUUUGCACGUGUUCAAACCAGCAAAGGAAUGAGAUUGUCCUUUCUGAAUAAAAAAAAAACAAACAAAAAAAAAAAAAAAACAGUAUGGAAUUUAAAAGAAUCUCUGGUCUGACACCGCCCUCUGGUGGGCACAAGGAGAAGGCAGCAACUCCCAUCGCCUGCAAUGUCCUUCCAAUAAAAAACUAAAUUAGAGAGCAAAGGAAUGAAGAUGAUUAUAUUAGGUUAGAUGAAUCAGAGCUAUAUAUACUGUAGGUCUUCCUCACGUUUGCAAAGUGAAAUUGAGAGAAACAACACAAUGCUGGCUUUUGAAAAGGCAGUCCAAAGGUCAACGUAGAAAUCUUCCUUCAGAUGAGUUGAUGUCGCCUCAUUCAUGUUUCCCACAGCGGAAGUGACCGGCACCAUCUUUAUCGGGCUGGGAGAUCAACGAGCAGCGGGUUCUUUAGAAUGACAAGCAGGAGUCAGCUGAUUGGGAUUCUAUGCACCUUCUACAUGAACCACCACAAGGACUGACGACGCCCGACUUUGUUUGAGCCUUAAGGAGGUCUGCAGGAGGAGGGGCCGAUCACAAUGUCACUGUUUUUGUGGCGGCUAAUGACUAUAAGUGUUUGGUUUUUUUCCCAAAGUGUGAGACAGGGGAGGUGCAGCAGCUUGGGAACAAUAAAGAAAUACAUCUUUCUCAAACCCUCCAAGAUUACUAUAGCUAUGUCAGGGGAGUCCAAAUGUUAUUCCAGCGAGGGUCUCUUCCAGAAAGAUAUGGGCGAUAUAGGGAGACACAUUUGAUACGUUUUCUACUUUAAAGAUGCUCAAACUAAUCCAAUGGUAUGCUAAGCUAACAUAAUAAAACAUUGACAUUUUUACCAAUUAUCCCAGCAGGCAGAAGACAUUAAAACAACGUUGAGAACUUGUUGAAUUAGGUCCUGACAUUGAGCAACUCAAACCUAACGUUGGAACAUGCGUUUCGACGACGCUCUAGCAUCUGAGCCGCACCACUCAUGGCUUUACGGUGUAAUGAUUAUCAUAAUCUGGCCAUUUUAAAUUGAAUUUGUUGGCAUUUUUUGUAAAAAAUAAAAUAAAAUGUCUAUCUAGAGAUGUUAAUCAAUUUUUUUUUUAAGUCAAAAACCUAACUAAUGCCUGCUCAAUGGCCUUGUGGUUAGAGUGUCCGCCCUGAGACUGGGAGGUUGUGAGUUCAUACCAUACCAAAGACUAAAACAAAUGGGACCUAUUGCCUCCCUGCUUGGCACACAUCAUCAAGGGUUGGAAUUGGGGGUUAAAUCAAGUGAUUCCCAAGCGUGGCGCCCGCUGCUGCUCACUGCUCCCCUCACCUCCCAGGGGGUGAACAUGGGGAUGAGUCAAAUGCAGAGGACACAUUUCACCACACCCAGUGUGUGUGUGACUAUCGUUGGGACUUUAACUUUAAAUUUGGUGAUUUCCCAACCAAUAACGUGGAUCCAACGUUAGACACCAAUGUUGUUUCAAUUUACAAAUACAACUAUUUUGCAAUGUUGUUUCAAAGUCAGUAUUAAAGGACAUGUAUGUAUAAUCAACGUAUCAAUGUCUUGUGCCAGCUGGGAUUCUAUGUUAUUUUUACAAUAUGCCGAGGGACAAAAAUUGACCACCGGGUCACACUUUGGACACCCCUGACCUAUGUCAAUAUGGGAUGAGCAGAAAUCUUCACAGAUCCAGAAAAUCUUUUUUUGUUUUCCUGGAUCCUAUUUUCCAAGGGGAGGCUCACUGUGCCACACUUUGAAGAAUCCUCCUAUGGAAGCAUCUGGUUUACUGGCAGAGUCUGAGCCUCCCUCAUUAAAACUUUAUUUUUGUCAUCUUGUAUGCCAAACGCUUCCAGUCCAAGUCAGAGACAACGCGUCCGCUGCAGCGUAUGAAGAGAAUGUGGCGUCCUUAAAUGGAAACUUACAGGAUUUUUUUGUUGCCAAGCAACAAGAUAAAAACUGUAUUUCCCAUCUGUCUUUAAAGGACCAUCUAGGACACUCAACAACAACAACAACAACAGAUUAAAAAAGCACAGCAAUAUAUAUUUUAGACUCCAUUCAACUCUGCCAAUAAACA